AGUUCUCAGAGAAACACGAGCCAAGCCGGCCGCUGGUACCUAGCCCCCUACAUCCCAACUCCGCUAUGAGCCUAUGACUCCAAUCCCUGAACUCGAGCAGUAAACGACACCACCCAGACGGCCCCCUCAGAUCAGAGGUCGAAUCCGAACCCCGUCGGCGAUGGCGCCGCCGCCACGCCGCCUCCUCCUCGUCCUCCUCGGGUUCCUUGCCGCUGCCUCUCUAGCUACCCUCGCCGCGGCUGUCUACGAAGACCAAGUCGGCCUCGCUGACUGGCAUCAGAAGUACAUAGGCAAAGUUAAGCAGGCAGUUUACCACACUCAGAAGAGUGGGAGGAGGCGUGUCGUGGUCUUGACAGAGGAAAAUGUGAUCGCCUCUCUUGAUCUUCGUUCAGGAGAUAUAUUUUGGCGCCAUGUCAUUGAGAAGAACAACCCCAUCGACCAGCUUAGUCUUUCAGCUGGAAAAUAUGUUGUUACUCUUUCUUCGGGAGGUAGUAUAUUGAGGGCAUGGAAUCUUCCUGAUGGACAAAUGAUCUGGGAAACCAAUAUUCAUACUUCCACAUCAUCAAAGUCGUUGCUGCAUGUUUUGUCAAACAGUAAAGUGGUAAAGGAUAAUUUGGUUUUAGUUUUGGCUGGACAAUGGAUUUAUGCUGUAUCAAGCAUUGAUGGAGUCAUUUCUUGGGGAAAGGAGUUCACACAUGACGGCCUAGAAAUCAAGCAGGUUGUUCAAUCACCUGAUAAUGAUAUUGUCUAUGUUGUUGGGAUUGCUGGUUCCUCAAAGCUUGCUGUUUAUCAGUUGAAUGCUAAAACUGGAGAGAUAGUAAAGGAUGCCCAAGAGUCAUUGCCUGAUGGAUUAUGUGGUGAAAUAUUACUUGGUUCCAGUAAUGUGUUGGUAGCACUGGAUGAGACUAGGUCAGCUCUGUUUAUUGUUGAUUUCAAGGGUGAGAGCAUCAGCUACAACAAGGUGCAGAUUUCAGAGUUUGUUCAAGACUUUUCUGGGACGGUCAAACUUCUACCACUGAUAUCUAAUGGUAUCAUAGCUUUGCAAUCGUCUUCUACUGUUUCUCUCCUGAAGCUUAAAGGUAUGGAUGGGUUGGAAGUAAUCCAUAGCUUUGACCAACCAGCCUCUGUGAGUGAUGCUCUGACAAUAACAGAAAAAGAUGAGGCCUUUGCUGUUGUGCAACAUGUGGGUUCUCAAAUUGAAUUUAUUGUCAAAGUUACAAGUGAUUUAACCAAUGAGAUUAUUAGGGAGAAAGUUGAUAUAGAUCAGCAUAGAGGCAGUGUACAGAAGGUCUUCUUGAAUAAUUAUGUUCGCACUGAUAAAUCUCAUGGUUUCCGGGCUCUGGUUGUAAUGGAAGAUCAUUCCAUCCUGUUAAUUCAACAAGGUGCGGUUGUCUGGAGCAGAGAGGAUGGACUUGCUUCAAUUGUUGAUGUAAUGACUUCUGAAUUGCCUGUUGAGAAGGAUGGUGUCUCAGUUGCGGAUGUGGAACACAAUCUCUUUGAAUGGCUUAAGGGACAUGUGCUGAAACUCAAAGGAACUCUAAUGCUUGCUAGUGUUGAUGAACUUGCUGCAAUCCAAGCAUUGAGAGUCAGAAGCUCUGAGAAAAAUAAGAUGACCAGAGACCAUAAUGGAUUCCGCAAACUUCUUAUUGUAUUGACCAAGGCUGGCAAAGUGAUAGCUCUGCAUACUGGAGAUGGCCGUAUUAUCUGGUCAAAUUUGUUGCCUUCCCUUCGUGCUUCUAAAUUGGGCGAAAUGCCUUCUGCCUUGAGGAUAUACCAAUGGCAGGUACCCCAUCACCGCGUUAUGCGUGAGAACCCGACCAUACUUGUUGUGGGAAGAUCUGGAGCCAGCUCUGUUGCUCCUGGUGUCCUCUGUAUUCUUGAUUCAUAUUCCGGAGAGGAACUCAACUCUCAGAGCUUUGACCAUUCUGUUGCCCAAAUUAUCCCAUUGACACUGAAGGAUUCAUCUGAACAGCGUCUUCAUCUUAUUGUUGAUUCCAACUCCAACGCUCACCUAUAUCCAAGAUCUCCGGAUGCCCUUAAUUCAUUUAUUAAUGAAAUGUCAAAUCAGUAUUUCUAUUCUGUAGAUAUUCAGAAAAAUGCUAUCAGAGGGUAUUCAUUACAGAAAUCAUGCGACUUCAAUUCGGAUGACACAUACUGCUUUAGCACAAAGUUGUUAUGGUCUAUCAUUUUCCCUUCUGAUGCAGAAAGGAUUUCUGUCUCAGAAGCACGAAAGAUGAAUGAGGUUGUUCAUACUCAAGCAAAGAUCAUAGCAGAUCAAGAUGUGAUGUAUAAGUAUUUAUCAAAGAACUUAAUUUUUGUUGCUACGGUGUCUCCUAAAGCUGCUGGUGAAAUUGGAUCCGCGGCACCUGAAGAAGCUUCACUCAUGGCAUAUCUCAUUGAUGCUGUCAGCGGACGCAUACUACACCGUGUGACCCAUCAUGGUGCACAAGGCCCUGUACAUGCCGUUGUCAGCGAGAACUGGGUUGUCUAUCAUUAUUUCAACCUCCGAGCUCACAGAUUUGAAAUUGCAGUGAUUGAGAUAUAUGAUCAAUCUAGGGCGGACAACAAAGAUGUAUUGAAGCUCAUACUUGGGAAGCACAAUUUGUCUGCACCCAUGACUUCUUAUUCCCGACCAGAGGUUAUGGUGAAAUCCCAGUCAUACUUUUUUACUCAUUCGGUGAAGGCAAUGGCAGUUACACAAACAGCCAAGGGUAUCACUUCCAAGCAGCUUCUCAUUGGCACGAUUGGUGAUCAGGUUUUGGCACUUGACAAGCGCUUUCUUGACCCACGCCGUUCAUUGAAUCCUACACAACAAGAGAAAGAAGAGGGUAUUAUACCGUUAACAGAUUCUUUGCCUAUUAUUCCACAGUCCUAUGUGACGCACUCUCUUCAAGUGGAAGCACUGCGAGGAAUUGUUUCUAUUCCGGCAAAGUUGGAGUCCACUACUCUUGUUUUCACUUAUGGUGUGGAUCUCUUCUACACUCGGCUUGCACCAUCAAGAACCUAUGAUUCACUCACGGAUGAAUUCAGUUAUGCUCUUCUUCUAAUUACUAUUGUCGCAUUGGUUGCUGCUCUUUUCGUUACUUGGAUUUGGUCUGAGAAAAAGGAAUUAAGAGACAAGUGGAGGUAAUUGAGGCCUCAAUGUUGUGAUGCAAAUGAAAUUUCCGGCCCUAGUCGACAUCCUUAUCUUUGACUUUGUUAGUGCUAGGGUUCGUUUCACUUUUGACUAGGCUAUUAUUUUUGUAACAUUUGAAAGUGAAACCUGUUUCCUGGGAUGACACUGCAUAAGGUACUUGUGCAAUUAGAAAUCCUGGACAUGACAUCACAGAACUGGCAGAUCACGCAGGACUCCUAAUACGUUGUAAAAUGUACCACAGCGACCAAACUUUCCACCAGAAUGUUAGCAGUGCUUUGUAACUUAUUGAAGUUCUCAUGUUCAACUUGCACCUUUUUCUGAGUAUAAAUAACAUUUCUCUCCUCCAAUCUUGACAUUA